AAUUUAUCCAAGGUCGAUAGUAGAAGAGCCGAGAGGAUGGUGAUAGAUGGCGCCUCUCCGAGACGAAUCAGGACGGAAAAAUCGCGAGCCUCGACAAGGAGAGGCGUCUCCUACGGUUCGUCCAACGGGGGAGCUUAUACAUAACCAACAACAAUGUCGAUCGCGCCCGAAGGAGACGCGAAACUCUCGAAAGCCGAGUGAGAAUUGCGCGCAGCGGUGAGCGCGGCGACGAUGCCGAGGUAGUCACCGUCGGUUUCUCUCGACCCCCUCUCUCCUUUUCUCUCCCUUCCUUGAGAGCGAAACUGAGUAGGUAAGCGCGCGCGUAGGUCGUCGUCCGUGUGUGUGCGUGCAGCGUGCGUACAUUCGCGCGCACGUCCCGCCGUCGAGGUGAACGUUUGCGGAAAGUCGGCGGUGCCGCGGUUGGUGUCGAAAAGUUUCUCCCCGUAUCGCACGGAUGCGCCGUUCUUGUUAAGAGGGCGACUCGCGAGCGCGGACCUCCGCCGUGGACCUCCGCCUCCUGGUGCCGGACAGUGGCGAACAUGGAGGACUACAAAUUUCUGUUCAAGGUCGUGCUCGUGGGGAACGCCGGUGUGGGCAAGACCUGCCUGGUGCGACGAUUUACUCAGGGUUUAUUUCCACCUGGACAAGGUGCAACAAUUGGAGUUGAUUUUAUGAUUAAAACUGUUGAAGUAGAAAAUGAAAAAGUCAAGUUGCAAAUCUGGGAUACUGCAGGUCAGGAAAGAUUUCGUUCCAUUACUCAAAGUUAUUACAGAUCAGCACAUGCAUUGAUAUUAGUUUAUGAUAUUUCUUGUCAACCUACAUUUGAUUGUUUGCUAGAUUGGUUGAGAGAAAUCGAAGAAUAUGCAAGUAAUAAAGUUCUUAGGAUAUUAGUAGGAAAUAAAAUUGAUCGAGAAGAUAGAGAGAUACCAACGCACGUUGGAGAGGAUUUUGCACAAAGACAUGGCAUGUACUUCUUAGAAACGUCCGCUAAAGAAGCAGAAAACGUAGAGAGAUUAUUUAUGGAAAUAGCAGCUGAACUUAUGGAGCAAGCACGCUGUAAGGAAUUACCUCGGUAUGAAACGAAUACAACUUCAAUAAACGGUAAAACGACGUCAAUCGGUGAUAGUAGUAAUUGCGGUUGUAGCAGACUCUCUUAAAUAAUUUUUAUAUGUUAUAUUAUACCUUUUUUUAUAGACACGGUGAUUGAAAUCGAGCGUAUCAAUAUUUGAUAAUUUAGGAAACAUAUAGUACACGUAUAUCUUUGAUACAG